AUGGUAGAGGGAUAUAAGGUGAAACAAGUCGAUCGUGAAAUCGAGUGUGAAACAAGCAGGAGAAUGGGAAUUGGAGUGCGGUUCCUUUUGAACUCUCGCACGGCAAAACAAACCAUAAACCAGGACGUGCAUUCACCUGCGGAGACGUGGUUGAGCAGCGAUCGUGUCGUUUCGCGCUUUUCAGGUAAAACCAGUUCCGGAUCCGAUUGCGACAGCGAGCCCGGGAUCCCGUUGAAGAGGAAGCAGCGCAGAAGCAGGACCACGUUCACCGCCCAUCAACUGGACGAAUUGGAACGCGCGUUCGAGAGGACCCAGUACCCGGACAUCUACACGAGGGAGGAGUUGGCGCAGAGGACGAAAUUAACCGAGGCUAGGAUCCAAGUGUGGUUCAGCAAUAGAAGGGCCAGGCUGAGAAAGCAGUUGUCUUCGACCACUUCCGGCGGUUACGUCAGCUCUGUCGCGUAUCCCGCAGCUUCCUACGUCCUCCACCCGCCCGCCGCUCCCCAUCCACACGCCGCCACAGCCGUUCCACCGAGUCAUCCGCAUCCUCAUCCCCAUGGACAGAGCCUGCCCGACACCACCUUCUCCUCGAGUCAAGUUCCAGAGCUGUACUCCUCGCACCACGGAGCCAUGUCCCACCAGCUGACGCCAGACUCGGCCCGGCUCCCUUCGUCCGUCGGCUCGACGCCUAGCUACGGCCUCCCGGCAUCGGUCACCUACCCAAGCUCGCUCUUGCCAGCCACCUCGUCCACCAGCACCACCCACAUGAGCCACCAAGUGUCGGCGGCGGCCGCCGCCGUGUCCUCGUCCACCUAUCAACAGGCGAGCGGCCAUCAACUUCCGCCGACCCCCAACUCUCUCGUCACCAUGAUGGGCCCCAAUUCCGGCAAUUCGAACCCGCCCUCCGACCAGCUCACCCCCACGGAUCUGCCCAUCAACUCGGUGUCGCCCGUCUCCCAACAACAACAACAACAACAACAACAGCAGCAAACCGGCCAGCAAGGCAGUUCCUCCCCGUCCUGGAAUCUGCCGAUCUCUGCAAGCGGAAGAGUUGCGCUUCCAAGCCCCCCCGCGACGCUUCAACAACCUCACGCGCAUCCUCAUCAAGCCUUCGCGACCCAUUACGGCGCCCAAGGCUUCCAACAACCACCCAGACCCGCUCCUCAUCAACCUUUUUACAGCUGGUACUGAGGCCAGCUUGAGGAGCAAGGGAAACGACACGGAUAACGUUGCUUGGAUGCAACGCUUGUUCACGAAUGCUGUGCUACACGAUAAACCCGUCCGAUUGACCGAAAUUGUUUCUUGAUAACGAGUAACGCGGUUGUUGGUUACGAUGCUCGAGAGAAAAGAUAUGGAUCCAGAUAAUGUUGCUUGGGUGCAACGCUUGUUUGUGCAAAUGCUUUGUAUAAAUGUUCGAACGAUCGAUCGAUCGAUCGUUUGAUUUUUUGAGUAACGCGGUGGUUGGUUAUACGAUACGAACGAGUAUACUUGGUCGAAUGAAGGAAGAAAGGAAGGAAGGAAGAGAGAAUUCUUUUUCGCUGUAAAUAAUAGGUAUUAUUUAAUUGUUUAAUCUUUAGUGGCGGAGUUGAAACGACUCUUCGACGAUUGAUUAGACGAGGAAUUAGAAAGAAUUAUAAAAGAAAAAGUUUGCUUGCACGAGCGCAAAUAUUCGAAGUAUUUCGAAUUAUACGAUAAAGCGAAAAAGUGCUGGUAGAUGAAAUAAUUAAUAUUAGAAUCACAUAACAAUUUUGAAUAAUUAGAUAAUAUAUUUGUUCGAUGAAACAAUUUGUUCUUUUAGGGACAAACGAAUUCGAAACGAAAUGAUUUAUUUCUAAAUGAAGUGCUAAUAGACAUUGAAAGACAGUUUGCGGGCGACUGUCUCGUAAAACUUCUCUUGUAAUUAUUGUAAAUUUUGCCUACUUGUGUAAAAAUAAAUCUAAUAUAGUUAGUUUAUCGUCGGUUUUCGGGUUAUCGUUUUAAGAGUCAAUUAUCAUUUUACCCUAAUGCGUAUACAGUUCAACCAAAAAUUGUAAUUUAAUAGUGUAAAUAAGCGGCGUAGUUCCUAGCCUUGCUACGAAUUAUAUAUGAUUAUCUUCUUUCUGUUUCUUCUCAUCAAGCGAAACCAGCUAAAUUGUUCAUCGUUCUAUGAUUUUGUUUCUUUAACACGAAUGAAUGGAAAGAUGCGAAUGAGGAUAAAAGAAGACUGAUUGUUGUGAAUGAUAUUUGCGACAGGGAGAAAAUUAUCAUUUAAAUUUUUACGAAGUAUUGAUGUAAAGUAUUAUUAAAUCAUAUGUACAAUGUAUUAUUAAACGUAUAUGAUAUUUUAAAGAGAAGAAUAAC